AUGACAAGAAUAACGGAAAAUAUUUUAAGCUUACUACUAAUAGCGUUCGCCAUAACAUCCGCUUGGGCUCAAAAUGAUAGACCCUCAUGGUCCUUUUCAUUGGGAAGUAUUAAUUUAUUCGACAUACCCAAGUUUCCUAGCGUCGUAUUCGAUGAGGGUAGUGCGAAAAUUCAACGCGAAGUUCAUAGCUCAAUGACGUCGUUGUUGAGUGAUGUUGCCAUUGAUCCGGAUAUUAUUGAGGAUUCGAAAUUGAAAACGCCUGAUCUGAUACGAAAAUAUGGUUAUCCCUCGGAAGUGCAUCAUGCCAUUACCGAUGAUGGUUAUAUUUUGGAAUUACAUCGCAUUGCCAAUCAUGGGGCAAUGCCAGUGCUGCUGACCCAUGGCCUUUUGGAUUCGUCGGCCACAUGGGUUAUGAUGGGUCCCAACAAGGGAUUGGCUUAUCUGCUCUUCGAAAAAGGUUACGAUGUGUGGAUGACAAAUGUUCGGGGUAAUACAUAUUCGCGAAAUCACACCAAGUACACGACGAAGCAUGCGGCAUUUUGGGACUUUACCUUUCAUGAAAUGGGCAAAUAUGAUUUACCGGCCAGUAUUAAUUAUAUUUUGGAUUUGACCUCGCAGAGCCAGUUGCACUACAUUGGCCACUCACAGGGUACCAUGACCUAUUUUAUAAUGUGCAGUGAGCGACCUGAUAUGUGUGAGAAGGUUAUGCUGAUGCAGGCACUGGCCCCAGUGGCCUUUAUCAAACAUGCCAAGAGUCCGGUGGUGGAAUUUUUGGCCUUUUUCCAGGAGCCAUUGGCGAUGUUACUCAAACUAAUCGGUGCCCAUGAAUUUUUACCCAGCAAUGAAUUUAUCACUCUCUUCAAUCAAAUCGUGUGCGAUGAAGAUUCCUUCACGGAGGAAAUUUGUUCCAAUGUCAUGUUCCUCGUUGCCGGCUUUGAUAAGGCACAAAUGAACGAAACUAUGGUGCCGGUAAUUUUGGGCCAUGCUCCCGCAGGUGCUGCCACCAAACAAAUGCAACAUUAUGGCCAGUUGAAACGUAGCGGCCAAUUCCGUCAAUACGAUUAUGGUUGGAUACGUAACCACUGGCGUUAUGGUUCCAUUAAUCCACCAGAUUACAAAUUGGAAAAUGUUCUCACGAAAGUGGCCCUUCAUUAUUCGUCAAAUGAUUGGUUAGCCACACCAAAAGAUGUGGAAAAGUUACGCCAGCGGUUACCCAAUUUGGUGGGGAAAUUUUUGGUCAAUGAUCCGAAAUUUAAUCAUUUAGAUUUUGUUUGGGGCAUCGAUGCAAGAGAGUUGUUGUACAAUAAAGUGCUGGCCCUCAUGGAGAUGACCGAACGGGGUGAUUUUAAUGAUAUGUGGGCUUAG